GGCCCCCACGUGUCUUCAUGACGACACGGCCCAGUGUCGGCUACUGUCGUUUGCAUCAUGACGUGACGUGAGCCAAAAGCCAGGCAGCAGAAAUUAAGUUCCCUGGUGCAUCCCCACCCCGGCGGACCAGCAGGGAUGCUGCGUGGGAUUAGUGUGCCGCUAGUCAGGGCGGGAGCAGGGCCAUGUCCGUGGCCUCAGUUGCGUGGAUUUUAAAGCUGAGACGCGUGCUGUUUGCCUGCGGGCUUCAGGGUGUGACUGUCAGGUCUGCAUGCCCAGCAGCCAGGAUGCCUGGAUGGCUUGUUGGUAAAGCUGUGGGGCAUCGUGUCUGUGGGGGGCCGGGGCCUCCGGCUGCUCCAGCUGUGGACUCCGUGACUGGUGCUGAGUGGGGAGGGAGGGGCCUUGGCACGGGCCCCAGGCGGCUGGUGGGAGGCGGCGGGCGUCCUGGAGACUUGCGGGAGGAAGCGUGGCUUAGGGCGCAGGUGUGCCCAGUACACAUGUCGCAGUCCCGGGGUCAGAGGUCCAUGGACGGGGCGAGGACCUGCAGAGCGGACGGGAACGGCCUCCUGUGCGUGUCCCCCGGGGGCAGCGCUGAGCUGUACAGGACAUCGCGGCCACUGCUGCUGGGUUCUGGUCUGGACCGAGCCCACCCGAGGACCGGGUCCGACCCUCCGCAAUCCAGCAGCCCAGCACCGUGCCUGUCGCCUGGGGUGCCGCAGUGGUGUGCCGAGUACUGCCUCUCCGUCCACUACCAGCACGGGGGCGUGGUGUGCACGCAGGCGCACAAGCAGCCCGCCGUCCAGCUCGCCCUGCGCGUGGCGGACGAAAUGGAUGUCAACAUUGGCCACGAGGUCGGCUACGUGAUCCCGUUUGAGAACUGCUGCACCAGCGAGACGAUCCUGAGGUACUGCACUGAUGACAUGCUGCAGCGGGAGAUGAUGUCCAGCCCCUUCCUGGCCAGCUACGGCGUCAUCGUCCUGGACGACAUCCAGGAGAGAAGCAUUGCCACCGACGUGCUGCUCGGGCUUCUCAAAGGCGUCUUGCUGGCGAGGCCGGAGCUGAAGCUCGUCAUUAACACCCCGCCCCUGCUGCUCAGCAAGCUCAGCGCUCACUACGGGGACGUGCCGCUCGUGGAGGUGCCGAGCAGGCGCCCCGUGGAGGUGGUGCACCGCAGCGGGGCUCCGGAGGCGGCUCUGGAGUCUGUUUUGCGCCUCAUCCUGGAAAUUCACCACUCGGGCGAGAAGGGCGACAUUGUCGUCUUCCUGGCCUGUGAACAAGAUAUUGAAAAAGCCUACGAAACCGUCUGUCGAGAAGGCUGUCACCCUGACGCAGACCAUGGCGAGCUGGUGGUGGUGCCUUUGUACCCGAGAGAGAAGUGUGCGCUGUUCAAGCCAAACGACGAGACGGAGAGAAGCUGCCCAGCCCCUCAGCGGCGAGUGGUGCUGACCGCCAGCCCCGGGGAGGCGCUGAUCGGGAGCAGCUCGGUCCGCUUUGUCAUCGACGUGGGUGUGGAGAGGAGGAAGGUGUACAACCCGCGCAUCCGGGCGAGCUCGCGGGUCAGGCAGCCCAUCAGCCAAAGCCAAGCGGAGGCGCGCAAGCAGAUCCUCAGCUCGUCAGGAAAGCUGUUCUGUCUGUACUCGGAGGAGUUUGCCUCCAAGGACAUGCGGCCGCUGAAGCCGGCGGAAGUGCAGGUGGCCAACCUGACGAGCAUGGUGCUCUUCAUGAAGCGCAUCGCCAUCGCGGGCCUGGGCCACUGCGACCUCCUCAACACACCAGCCCCCGAGAGCCUGAUGCAGGCCCUGGAGGACCUGGACUACCUCGCGGCGCUGGACAACGACGGGAACCUGUCGGAGUUUGGCAUCAUCAUGUCCGAGUUCCCCCUGGACCCACAACUCUCCAAGUCGAUCCUCGCGUCCUGCGAGUUUGACUGUGUAGACGAGAUGCUGACCAUCACUGCCAUGGUAACAGCUCCCAGCUGCUUCUCACAUCUGCCGCGUGGAGCGGAGGAGGCUGCCCUGACUUGUUGGAAGACAUUUCUACAUCCCGAAGGCGAUCACUUUACCCUCAUCAACGUUUACAAGGCCUACCAGGACGCAGCUCUGAGCUCCGCCAGCGAGCACUGCGUGGAGAAGUGGUGCCACGAGCGCUUCCUGAACUGCGCCGCCCUGAGGAUGGCAGGUGCCAUCCGUGCCGAGCUCGUGGACAUCGUCCGGCGGAUCGAGCUGCCCUACGCAGAGCCCGCGUUCGGCUCCCAGGAGAACACGCUGAACAUCAAGAAGGCCCUGCUGUCCGGCUUCUUCAUGCAGAUCGCCCGGGACGUGGAUGGGUCCGGCAACUACCUGAUGCUGACGCACAAGCAGGUGGCGCAGCUGCACCCGCUGUCCAGCUACUCGCUGGGCAGGAAGACGCCUGAGUGGGUCCUCUUCCACAAGUUCAGCAUCUGCGAGAACAACUACAUCAGGAUCACGUCCGAGACCUCCCCGGAGCUGUUUGUGCAGCUGGCGCCCCAGUACUACUUCAGCAACCUGCCCCCCAGCGAGAGCAAGGACAUCCUGCAGCAAGCCAUGGACCGCCUGGCCCCCGCCCCCGCCCCGAGAGGGGAGCAGACGCCCUGCGAGAAGUGCCCUGAAACUACUGAACAAAGGUGCGCCCUGCAGUGACGCCCCAGAAGCUCCGAGAGCGCCGCGCCCUGAACGCCCAGUCGGCCUGCGGGGCCGGCGCCGGCCAGUGACUCAUGGGAGGACAGCCUCUGAGCCGCACAGGAGUCUUGAAACAAACUCAUACUUUGUAUAUUAUUUAAAAAUAAAACAUAGACGUUUUUAUUGA